GUGAGUGAGGAUUUUGCGCACUGCAGCUUUAAUGUAAAGGCGGAUUGAGUGUGUGUGAGUGAGGAUUUUGCGCACCGCAGCUUUAAUGUAAAGGCGGAUCCGUGCAGCUGAGUGUCGCUCCUGAGCCUCUGCCGCUCAGCGCGCGCUUAAAGGAGACGCAACAAAGCCAAGAUGAGAUCCGAGCCGCCCGGUUCUCACCUACAGCCCGGUUUACUAUCGCUUUAAGAGCAUACUAAUACCGUCUCUGCGUCUUUAAAAAGAUGCUUUUUGCAGAGUUAUAACUAAGUUUCUGAAUUUAAGCAGAAAUCUCGAACAGAAAGAGUGCGAGAAAUCAGGGAUCGAGGAGGACUCGGUGAAAUAUGUUAGUGUGUAGGAUCAGGGCCUUUAACGAGCAAAGUGUUUUCAUAUUUUUAUACCGUAUACAUGAUUUCACAUCCGCUUGGAUUAAUUAAAGCAAUUGAACCGAAUAUUGUUUUGUUUUUCGGUGGAUGAUGGAAGUGCAGCGUGUCGAUAAAAAAGAGAAGCGGGAGGAAGAAGAGGAGGCCGCGCUCACAUCCCCGGACUCGAGUGUGACCCGCACGCCGCGCAGGGCGCUCCGAGGCCGUGGGGCGACUCGAUCGAACUCCGCCGCUCCGCCUGCUGCGUCCCCGGACACGAACGGAACCCCGAGCCAAGCGGGAUCUGGUCGGGUGCUGCGAGACCGGUCCACGCGAUCCGUGCCCGUGUGGAGAAGGAGAGACCUCGGAGUGGAGCAGGACGACGACGAUGAUGAUGAUGAUGAAGAGGAGGAGGAGGAAGAUGAAGCGGAAGCUCGCCGACGGAGGAAGACAGCGUGUCCGCGGCGCAGGAGGAACGCAGAGACGGCCAGAGACAGUAAAGCUCAGUGUGGAGAAAGUAAGGACGCUGCAGGCAAUCGAGCCGGUGGCAGGCGAGUUCAGAGCCGCAGCAGAACGCCGUCGUCUCGUGGGGCUCGUGGUUUGGCGCGGGUCGUGUGUAAGAGCGAGCCGGAGGCGGAGGCUACCUGCGCAGAAGAAAAUAAAACGGCUGAGAAGAAGACAAGCACUGAGAAGAAGAGUGAGGUAAAGGAGGAUGAGGUGCUGCUGGGUGAGGAAGAUCCUCCUUUCACCGAUGACCCGAAAGACCAAACGUACGAGCCUCGGGCACAGAGUGAGGAUGAUGAGGGAGUCAGCAGUGAUGAAGAUGUGCCCUUCAAGGAUGACCUGAAUGAUCAGAGCUACGACCCCAAAUCUGGGAGGGAUGGUCAGAAGGCAAGACGCAGAGCUCCUCCGCGGCCAAGAGAGAAGAAGGAGAGAGCAGCUGGAGGAGAGCAGGACAAGGAGAAAGAGACAGAGGUGAAGACGGAAGGAAUGGAGAUGGCAGACGUGAAGCAGGAGGCUGGAGACGGAGCCGAGCCACCCAGGAAGAGAGGUCGGAGAAGAAAAGACGACAAGAGCCCACGUCUUCCCAAGAGAAGGAAGAAGCCGCCAGUGCAGUAUGUGCGCUGUGAGAUGGAGGGAUGUGGAACAGUUCUCGCUCAUCCACGCUACCUGCAGCAUCACAUUAAAUACCAGCACUUGAUGAAGAAGAAGUAUGUGUGUCCUCACCCGUCCUGUGGUCGUCUGUUCCGCCUUCAGAAACAGUUACUGCGUCACGCCAAACACCACACAGAUCAGAGGGACUACAUCUGUGAGUUCUGCGCACGUGCGUUUAAGAGCUCUCACAACCUCGCUGUUCACCGCAUGAUACACACUGGAGAGAAACCACUGCAGUGCGAGAUCUGCGGCUUCACCUGUCGUCAGAAGGCGUCUCUGAACUGGCACAUGAAGAAGCACGACGCCGACGCCUCCUACCAGUUCUCCUGCGCCAUCUGCGGCAAGAAGUUUGAGAAGAAGGACAGCGUGGUGGCUCACAAGGCCAAGAGCCACCCUGAAGUCCUUAUCGCAGAGGCUCUCGCUGCAAACGCGGGCGCCCUCGUCACCACGGCGACGCCGACCACCACUCACGUGACCCCGGUGGGCGUCGGCCCCGUCAUGCUGCUGGAGCAGGAGCAGCCGCUGCACACCAUGCAGGUGCCUGUCACUCUCGCGCUGCCCUCUACAGAUGAGGCUAAGAAUGAAGCAGAAGGGGGCGGAGUCUCUGCGGCACACCCGACCUCUUCUAAUCAGACGCUGCAUUUUGUUUCCGCCCCCGUGUCCCAGCAACAGCUGUCCGUACAGGCUUCUCCACAGAUCGUUCACAUGACCUUUACCACCCUUUCGCACCCUCCUCAGCAGCUCCCCCUGCUGUCUGUCACACAUCAGCUGCCCCCGAGCACAAGCUCCGCCCCUUCUGUAUCACUCCUCCCACAGAUCACUUCUGUGGCUUUCACUGCCGAUCCCGCACCGGUGUCCUCCGCCUGCACUCCACCCCCGCCUCCUCCUCCUCCUCCGGCUGAGCGGAAAGAGGGUGGGGCACUCUGGGAGGGUGGGACCGGGAAUGUGGGCGGGGUUUGGGAAGCGGGCGGAGCCGGCGAGGCGCAGGUUGUGACGGACGGCUCGGAUGGGACGAUCCAACACAGACUGAUGUAGGGAAGGAAGAUUUUCAGGUGGGAAUGAAUUCCGGAGGAAAGACGAGGACUCGUGUCGGAAUUACACGGCAGACAUUCUGUUCAUCUUCUCAGACAUGGAAACUAGCCGUUUCUAUGGCAACCUACAGAACAGACAAGUGGAUGCACUGAAUGUAGGAUAGCUAGCAAUUAGCUAAAUGUUAUAACAUGAGUUAGUUUUUUUUUUAAGGUAGAAAGAUAAAUGCUACUGGCUAAAAAAUGUAAACUACCCAAAAUGAUUAACCUUCAUCCGCAGGGAAUGCCGGGAACGUGAUCCUCACUGCCUUUACCCGGUGUGACGUGGAAUUCUGAGUGUCUGAGACGUGACACUGUGUGUUGCUGUAAUUCUGAAGGCGCUCCUCCUCAGUGAACCUCCUCAGAAUGGAAACUCUACAGGACUUGAAAUCGAUCGUGUAUUCAAAAUCAAUUUUGAUAGGUUUAUAGAUGUGUGUGUGUGUGUGUGUGUGUGUGUGUGUGUGUGUGUCUCAGAAUGUUGUCUUAAUGGGUUUUUUUUGUAUAUAAACACUUUUAGUCUUCAGUCUGUUUUUUUUCCGGAUGUUUGAGUUCCUGUGUGUUCAUGUUGGUUUCAUGCAUUUAAUUUUAAAAUUCUUUCCAUAAGUUUUUAUUCUUUCAUUUUUUUACGUAAAUCUCUGAACACUGCGUACGAUAACCUUAUAACAGGCCACUAAUAGAAGUCUAAUAGACAUGUAGGAUGUUUUUCUCCUUAAUUGUGCACCGUAUCGGGGUGGGAAGGGGUGUGUGUGUGUGUGUGUGUGUGUGUAUGGUGUGGGGGGGGUAAUUUAUUAAAGCAACAUGUCUCUCUAUAACCCAGUUAUCUUAAAGGAGCUGUUCAGCUAAACUGCUAGCUGUACGCUUUCCGUAGUCGUGAGCAGCAUUAGCCUUUCGUAGGUCAGACGUUUCCUGAGCAAACCAUUGUGUCCUAGGAGAACAUAGAACCGUCUUCACCUUUUGACCUGUAGUUUAAAGGUUUUUUCCACAAUACUAACAUUGUAUUGCUAUUUAGACAGUUACAGAAAUGAGCUGUGAAGAAGAAGAAUGAUGGUUACACAGAUAAAACUGUUGUCUAGAUUUAAACACUUUACAGCAAAAAAAUAUUUAAAACAAUAGACUUGAAGAGAUUCCACCUUUUAUAAAUCCCUCAGUCUUAUUAACCAUGAACAAUAAACAUGUCUACACUCCUCUAA